UACCCGACUAUCGAUUGACCCGUGAACCAACGUUUGUUUUCAUUUUCCGGUGAAAUUGCUGAAAAAUUGUAUUUUCGCCAUGCGUUCACGCAGCAGGAGCCGCAGCCGGCAGAGGGAGCGCCGCAGAUCCGUCUCCGGACACCGUUCCCGCUCGGAGAGGCGGAAUAACCACAAGGCGCAGCCCAGAAGAUCCGACUCCCGGGAGAGGGAAAGAGACCGGGAGAGGGAGCUGCACAGGGAAAGGACUUCAAAUCGCAAUUCGCGUCGCUCCAGGGAAAAGGAACGCCGCCGCCGGAGCCGCUCCUCAUCCUCCAGCAGCUCCGCCAGCAGCAGCGGAAGCUCCAGCUCCUCCAGGAGCCCCGUCAGAAGCCACAAAUCCCGCCCAAAAUCCGUGGAACGCUGGCCCAACGAUCGAUUCCACGAAAACAACGACAGGCGACAGAAUCCCUUCCGUGGAAGGGCGCCCGAGGGCAGCUUCAUCAAUGACCCAGCGGAGCCCUCGUCAAGAUCACAGCACAGAGGCAGAGGAGGAGCCUCCCAAGGCGAUUCCAAGGCGGUAAAUGCCCGCCGGAACCAGAGAGUUCGCAUUGGCGAAGAGGGCGUCCCUGAUGUCUGGGGCAAGAGCCCAUCCCGGCCAGAAAGCGACGACGUGGAGCUGGUGAAGGGCUCCUACGUGGGACCCAAGAAGAAAAAGAAAAAGGGCAAGAGCAAACACAAGAAAGCCGACAAGAAAUCCAAGAAAAAGUCCAAGAAAUCGAAGAAGAAAAAGAGCAAAAAGGAUUCGAGCUCCUCGGAGGACUCCUCCUCCAGCUCCUCCAGCAGCGAGGACAGCUCCGAUGACUCCAGCAGCUCCAGUUCCAGCUCCGAAAGCGAAGACGAGUCCGAGGACGAAGAUGUUUGGCUGGAAAAGACUGCCGAGGGUGUCAAGAAACCCAAAAAGAAGAAGUCAUCGGUCAGCAAAAAGGACAAAAAGUCCAAGAAGAAGAAAAAGAAGCGGAAAUCAGAGGCUGAAAAGUCCAAGAACAGCUCCUCCUCCAGUGGCAGCAGGUCAAAAGCCAAGGAUAGCGCCUCCCACAACGACGAGGAUGUGGGUCCUUCGCUGCGUUCGGGUGGCAGCCUGAAUCAAAAGGAUUUCGGCAAGGCCCUGCUGCCGGGAGAAGGUGCCGCCAUGGCGGCCUACAUCGCCGAGGGCAAGCGCAUUCCUCGCCGCGGUGAGAUCGGCCUAACCUCCGACGAAAUCGCCAACUUUGAGUCCGUUGGCUACGUGAUGAGCGGCAGCCGGCAUCGUCGCAUGGAGGCGGUGCGUAUCCGCAAGGAGAACCAGCUGUACUCCGCCGACGAGAAGCGGGCGCUGGCCAUGUUCAGCAAGGAGGAGCGGCAGAAGCGCGAGAACAAGAUCCUGUCGCAGUUCAAGGACAUGAUCCACUCCAAGCUGCAGGCCAAGGACAAGAAGUAGGCGAGCCAUCAUUUUAUAUUUAGAAC